AAAAAAAUAAUAAUAAAAAAAAGAAGGAGAUCAACAACAACACAAACAGAUGCACUCAGCCUUCUAUAUAGGGUACGCAAAAUUAAGAUAGAGAUGUACAUAUAACUCUUAUCAAGGCCAAGUCCCUCAAUCAAACACUUUUGUUGUGUAUAUAUAUAUAUAUAUGGCAGAAUCAACACCACUCCUCACUCACUCCGACCACUUACCGGAGUCAAAAUGGCCUUGCUCCCUCGACGAGACGAUUGAAAGGUGCAUCGGAAACUUCAAUUGGGUUCAGUUAUUGCAAGCAGUCAUUGUGUCAUUUGCUUGGGUCUUUGACGCACAGCAAACCUUCAUCAGUGUCUUCACGGAUGCCGAACCAUCAUGGCACUGUACUGGCAGUGGAUCAUCCUGUAGCUCAAUCUCUGAUAUUUGUCAACUCUCCAAGAACUCAUGGUCUUGGGACUUCCCAGCACACACAUCAACUAUAUCGGAAUGGGGCCUUGAGUGUGCCAGCUCUCUUGUCAAAGGCUUACCGGCUUCCUCUUUCUUCGCCGGUUGUCUUUUCGGUGGACUGCUUCUUGCGACGCUGGCUGAUUCUUCACUCGGCCGGAAAAACAUGCUCUUGUUGUCAUGUCUGAUGAUGUCUCUGUCUUCUCUGUUUACUGUCUUCUCCACCAAUAUAUGGAUGUACUCUGUUUUAAGAUUUGUCAAUGGAUUCGGCCAAGCUACAAUUGGGACAUGUGCGCUCGUGUUAUCGACGGAGCUCGUCGGUAAACGGUGGCGAGGUCAGGUGGGUGUUAUUGGUUUCUUCUGUUUCACGUUAGGAUUCCUGUCAUUACCGGCUAUGGCUUAUAUAAACAGGGGAUCUUCAUGGAGGACUCUGUAUCUAUGGAGCUCUGUACCCACGAUUUUCUAUUGUAUUCUAGUUCGAUUAUUGGUUCACGAGUCACCCAGAUGGCUUUUUGUUCGUGGACGCAAGGAGGAGGCGGCGGCAACGCUCAAAAGUAUGGCGGCUACUCGCGAUGAUAUCGCAACUAUGAGCUUCUCAAACGUGAAGUUGGAACAGGGGACAUCCGAUGCUGAUCUGUUCUCGGCUGUUAAGAUCCUCCUAGAGAAAAGAUGGGCCUUUCAGAGGCUAUCAGCAGUUAUGUUCACCGGAUUCGGGAUCGGAAUGGUAUAUUACGGCAUGCCACUUGGUCUCGGAAAUCUGCAAUUCGAUCUGUAUUUGAGUGUAACAUUCAAUGCCUUAUCAGAGCUACCUGCGUCCCUGAUCACAUUUUUCCUCAUCGGACAACUGAGCAGAAAAUGGUCAUUGCUCGGAUUCACAAUCUUGAGCGGAAUCUGUAGCAUUCUGUGCGUUGUUAUGGGGAAAGUGUCCGGAAAUCUGCAGGUGGCAUUGGAGUUAAUCUCUUUCUUCAGCGCAUGCUCUGCUUUCAACAUGGAAUUGAUAUACACAAUUGAGCUGUUUCCGACGUGCGUGAGGAACUCAGCCAUAUCAAUGGUGAGGCAGGCACUGGUGCUGGGCGGGGUUUUCAGUCCGGUGCUGGUGGCCGCCGGACGGUCAAACGGGUUCAUGUCAUACGGGGUUUUUGGUGUGGUAGUGGGAUUGUGUGGGCUGACUGUGCUAGGUUUGCCGGAGACGAGAGGAGGGACACUGUCGGAUACAAUUGAUGAAGAAGAGAACAAAGAGACGGCUGCAGCAGUCUUGGUUUGAUUAAUUAAAAGCUGUUGUGUUCU